AGUACUUCAAAAGUAGAUGCCAAACAACUAAACUAAUAAAGAGUUAUUAUGUCAAUUUAAUUUCGAUUUCUUUUGCGCUCAAGGACCCUUAAGGUAGAGACCAAAAAAGUAAAACAAAAAGUACCUCUGUCAAAAACAAUCUAUACGCGAGCUAGUAGUGAACAAACAUGGAGAAAAGUAUGUAAUUUUCUCGUAUUUGUUUUCGGUCAGUCUUUUCUAUAUAAGCGAAUAGUGAAAAUGAUUUAUGAAAGUUCUGGAAAGUGCUAGGUGAAGGCCGAAAAAUUGAAGAAAAAGAAGACGAAUUUUUCAGUCAAAUAGAAAAAUGCUGCAAAUUAAAUAUCUACAAUAUUUUCCCGUUAUUUCGAAGAAUAUUCAAACCGUACGCUUAGUAAUCGCAAAAUCGUAUUGUAAGAGUAGAAGCGUGAAAAUUUCUGAUAGUGAAAAACUAAAAAAUCCGCAAAUAGAAUCAAUACUUUUCAAAAGCGAUGAAGAACCUUGCGGACUCACCGAAAGAGAAAAAGAAGCAGCCAUAACUAGUAGAUUAUCAAAAGAAUAUGAUCAAUUAACUUCAAAUAAAAUUUUGUUGAGAUUAACUGAUGGAUUUAAAUUAACCCUCGACGAUGACCAGAAACCGAACAUACCACCGAAUCAACCUUUAGACGAAACUAUUAGUAAAUUGAAAGAUUCCGUUGCCGAUCUUCCCUCUGACGAUCUACCUCCAAAAGAACCUUCUAUUAAAAAAUUAUCUCUCACCAGACAAGAACCAGGACCAGUUAUUUGGGGAUUUGUACCAAAAGAAUGGGUCACAUUCUUUUAUCCUAAAACUGGAGUCUGCGGAUUUUAUACAUUCCUAUUUACCACUGUAACUUAUUUAGUUAGUAAAGAGAUUUACGUCCUUGAACACAAUUAUUACAGUGGACUUUCUGUGGCUGUAAUGGUUUGGGCUGCUGUUCACUACAUAGGACCACCUCUAGCGAAAUGGUUGGACAAGGAAAUUGAUGAUUACGAAAAUGCGUGGAAGAAGAGCAGAGAAGAUAGAAUUCAAGGUCUAAAAGAAGAAUUAGCUCACGAAAAGUACCUCCAAUACCAAGCAGAAGGACAACUGUUAUUAGUUGAAGCGAAAAGGGAAAACGUGGCUUUGCAGUACGAGGACGAAUUUCGUAAAAGGCAAAUGCGUGUUUACGCAGACGUAAAACGUAUUUUGAAUUAUCAAGUAGCCACCGGAGACGUUUUUAGAAAAAUCCAACAAAGAAAUUUGGUGCAAUACGUUGAAGCGGAAGUACGAAAAUCAGUUACGCCCGAAGUGCAAAAUAAACUUAUCGAUGGUUCGAUCGAGAUGCUGGUUGGCGAACUAUCCAAAACGAUAGUUUCUGUGAAGAAAGAAGAAGUUAUGGUACCAGUGAAACCCCCAACAGACGGAAAAUCUGAUGAAGGUGGUAAAGAUGAUAAAAAUAAAAAGUGAAAAUUGUACGCGUAUUAAAAAUUCAGUUAAUUCUAAGUAGAUUUAUAUUUUUCGAAAAAUUUGAGUUUGGAAAUAAAAUAAUUUUGCUUA